AUGCCUGUCCUCGCAGUCAUCGGGUGUGUGGUUACGCUACUGGUUUAUACGCAGCCAGCAGAAAGCCACUCGUGGAUCGAUGCGCUGUGGUGCUCCCCCGGCACGCUGGGCUACCCUCGCAACUACCGCAACCGUACGGACCUGCCACCGAAGAGCCCCGACUUUGAUCGCCUCAUGACGUACAGGAUUGAAAACUACAAAGGGGUCCAAGCCCUCUGUUCCCCGACGCAGAGCACUCCCGUACAAGCGGAGAAAUACCCCCGACUGACUUGUUCGCCCAAUGCGACGGUGCAUUUCCGCUACAACUCGAACGGCCAUGUCACGCACGACAAGUGUCUACCCAAGGAUCCGCGUGGCUGCGACGGACAAUACCCCGUGACCUCGACAUGGUACAUCUUGUGGAAUCGGACGCCUUCAUAUGCACUGCACCGCUUCAACUUGCCCAAGGUCUGGAAUGCGUCGCACUCGACCGUUCGCGGUGCAGUGACUGUAGUUGGCAAAGGCCCAUUUGACGACGGGCUGUGUGGCCAAGUGGGUUCCAAGCGGCCCCGCGAAGGCAAGCCAUGUGAAGGUUCCUUCCAGUUACCCGCGGUGGACAAGCCGCAGCGCAUCUCGCUCGUCUGGUUCUGGGCCUUCAAUCGCAUUUACGACGUCGGCGAAGAGUACACUACGUGCUUUGACGUGGAUGUCGAAGUUGAAGCGGUGGAAUCCGGAUAA